UUUCAUUAUAUAAUGACGCGGCGGCGCGUUCGGCCGCCGACGCGGCACGCUUUCACUCCGUACGCUAUUAAUUACGUACCUACACGAUUGUUCAGUCAGUGUUAUAUUUACUCAACUGUUUCGACUGCUGAAAAGAUAAAGAAAUAGCUAAAGUGCCGCGCUACACGACGCCCGUAUCUUAUCGCAUCCAUUCUAUUGAUCACUCGUCAUAUAUCGCGAACGGUCGCCUUAUACGGACGACCGGACCACCUUUAUUGUCCAAUUUAACGUGCAGACGUGUACUCUUUUAUAGGCGCGAUGUUACCGGUGAAGUCAUAAUGUGUGUCGUACAAAAAUAGAAUAACAGUGUUUACAGGAAAAUAGUAUCAAUAACUGAGUGUUGCGGUUUGUAAUUGAACGAUAAUGGCGGCUAAAUCGCCUACAGUGAGCGUGAAGUCGCGGGAAAUGAUCGGCGUGGAGCAGUUCAGUCAGCGACGCGAGGUGUUUGACAAGCCGGACGCGGAGUACGUGCCGCUGCCGUCGCCCACGAGCCCCGUGCCCACGUACCGGGAGGUGGAGCCCAUCAUCACCUCCAAUCACGGCAAAACUACCAGCAACUUCAAGCGCAACACACCUGGGUACUCCAGCAUGCGCGAGUCUAGGACCGACGAACGACAAUUCGAUUUUCGACCACGAAAAUACUCCGACAACUUCACGUCGGAACUUAACCAGAGCGACGAUGUCGACUACAGACACUCGAUGACCGAGAGGACCCGGCGCUUGUCCAAGAUGCGCCGGGACUUCAUGACAUCAAACCUGUACGAGCCGGGAAGCAGCCCUAUUCAGCGAGGAGGUACACGCUCUUCAAUGCCCACUAAUAGUACGUCUCCGAUAAAAUAUAAAAUCGAAAGUCCUAAUUUAUAUAAAUUUCCAUUUGCCGAACCGUAUUUGACGCCGACACCGGUAAGGAGAGUUAUAUUAAGCCUUGAUUCAGAACAUGUCGACGGCAAAGAAAAUGAAGAUCCUCAAAACGAGAAGUACAAUACUUUACCGAACAAUCAUUCCUAUACAAAAAUAGACCAUCAAAAAUUAUAUGAAGAGUUGGUAAAAAGAUACUCGCCGCAACGCAAACCAAUCGAUUGGAAACUGCCGCCAACUAGACCAAAAGUGAUAGGUUCUGUCCCAAAAUCGAGUUCAAGCAUAGGCAGUGACGAAAAGAGGGAUGAAGAAAAACCUGAGGAUGAUGAUGUUUUUGAAAAGAAACAUAACAAUACUGGGGAAGCUAAUAAAAAUGUUGAAAGUGAAAUUCUCCAAAACGGUCCAGGAUUACUAAGCGACGAAACCGCCAAAAAGGAAGAAAAUGAAAGUGACUCAAAACUUUCCCAACCUGAAUUGGAUGAGAAAAAUGACCGUGUUCCAGAACUUGGCACAAUCCAAAGACAACUGAGUAGAGAGUCGGCGAAAAAACCUCUCGUAGAAAUAAUAGAUUUAACCAUUCCAGAUUUAAUAGAGAAAAUGACAGCGGAAGGCGAAGACUUGGAGAAUCACAAGAAAACGCCGAAAAAAGUAAAAAGAAAGAGGAGUUUCUUAGAUAAACUAUUAGGAAGAAACAAGGAUAAAUAAUUAAUGUGUGUUACUCGAAAAUGGUGCACCGUCGCAAGUCUGCCAAAGAUUAAAUCAAGGUUCUUACGAUACAUGACGGCAAUGUUUGUAAUCUUUUGAUAACUACGAUAGGUAAGGAGUGCUCACUCUUUACCAAUGUAAAAUGAAUUAAUUUUAUGAUAGAUUAUUUAUAUGAAAAUAAUUAAAACCAGUCUUCC